AAAAAUGAACGCAGCCAGCGUAUUUUCUGAACGCGCCUUAUAAAAACUGCUGAAAACAAACAUCGGGCAGUACGCAGUGUUCUCAGUUUUGGCUCUCUUACAGUACGCUGAAGAGAUGGAAAAGAUGCGGACAAAAACAGCAAGUUCAUACAGUUAGAACUCGCUACUGUUGUGCGCAUCCACUCCACCGCUUUAGCAUGCUGUAAGAAAGUUAAAACUGAGAACCUGCCAGUACGUUAUUAUCGCGUCCUAAUGUUUCAUACGUCUUUUGUCUCGGUUUCUUGUCGUCUCGUCUCAUCGAGAAACCGACAACCGGCAAUCAUCUUAUGAUCUCGUCUACUUUUAUACUUCUAAAUAAAGUUUUUUCGUGUGCAUUUGUUGCAGUAGAAUACGAGAUAAUACAAAGUAUUUCAAAGAAAUUAUUCGCCAGCAAAGUUUCUUUAAAACUCAAUUGUGGCAGAUGGCAGACGAUUUAACACGUUCGUCGCCGCGUCACCCAGAUCUGGGUGACGGGUAUACUUCCGAAACUCAGCCGAAUCGCGCUGGGCGACGAACGUGUUAAGAGAAGUAAAAAAUGUUAUAAUGACUAAUAAUUUGAUGCAAAAUCAAGACAAUGAUCAGCAACAAAAUAGAAGAUNGAUUUAUUCUUCUUUUGAGCUAUCAUUGAGAACAGUGAAAGAUAUUGAAGAAGCUGUGGAACAAUUUUUAGAAAUUGAAGAUAACUUUAAAUGUUCGAUUACAGAAACAUGUAGAGUAGGAGGCACAUCUCCUUAUAAUUUUAUACAACAAAAUUUGUGCCACUUGGUUAGCAAUGAACUUGCACAACAAUACAACUGGAUAGGUGCAAAACAAAAAAGAAAAUUUUGUAAUCUUCGAAUUGCUAAUAUGUUAGUAGGUCCUUUUUUGGAAAACAAAUGGACGUCCGCAGUUGUCAAAAACAGAUGUCCAUAAGACAUCCAAUGGACGCCCACUGGAUUUUAU